AUGCAUCUUUUAAAAUUAUCGCCACAAAUAAAAAACACCUAUUGGAAUAUCCCGAAAAAGAAUUUCCGAACAGGCGUAACGCAAUUUGGAGAGAGAAAAAAAAAUCGCAUUUUGCAUUUGCAUACAUUUUGUAAAAGUACCAGUGGUGAUAUAAACCCUUUAUUUUUCGAAAACCAAAAGUUUAGUAGCAUUAAUAACAGAAAGGAGAUUAGGAAAAUGGCGACCCUAGUACCGCAGGUAGUGUCCCUGGACCCAACGACCAUCCCUAUAGAUUAUCACACCCCCAUAGAUGACCUAAACAUAGAGGUAAAGGAUAUCAAUAAGGAAACAUGCCACGCGGAUGAGGGCCUGAUCGUAUUCCUCCUGAACAGUGCUCCAAAGGAUAGCAGCAAGAGUGGUAAAGGCGAAAGUAGCGGACCCAUCAAAAUAAACACCCAUGUGAACGAUAAAACCAUUAAUGAAUUUUUAAAAGAAGGAAAUAUGGAAAACUUCACAGGAAAGAUAGGAACGAGUAAAAGCUUCUACGUUGCCAAUGAUAAGAAGAAGUAUAUCAGCCUUGCGUACGUCGGAUGUGGUGCUGCGCAUGAAGAAACGGAAUUGGAAAUUAGGAAAAUAGCAAACGCACUAGCGAUCAUGUUGCAUGAACACAAGAAUAAAAAGGUUUCCAUCGUAUUUGAGAUAAAAUUAGAAGAAAAUUUGUUUAGAUUUUUCUUGGAGCAUUUAUUUUACGAAUACGUGACGGAUGAGAGAUUCAAGUCUGCAGACAAGAGUACCAACAUGGAUUAUAUUAAAAGUUUAUCCUUGUACAUGGCAAAUGCUGAUAUUUAUAAGGGACAGAUAGACAAAGCACGUGUGUAUUUUUAUGGUACUUACUACGCAGCACAGUUGAUCGCAGCUCCAUCGAACUAUUGUAAUCCAGUUUCCUUAUCCAAUGCAGCUGUGGAGUUAGCCCAGAAGGUAAACCUGGACUGCAAAAUUUUAGAUGUCAAACAAUUAGAGGAACUUAAAAUGGGUGCCUACCUAUCAGUCGGAAAGGGAAGUAUGUAUCCAAAUAAGUUUAUCCAUCUAACGUAUAAGGGUGCCCAUAAAGGAGAUAAACAAAAUAAGGUAAAAAAAAUUGCACUGAUAGGAAAAGGAAUAACCUUCGAUUCAGGAGGAUAUAAUUUAAAAGCUGCUCCAGGAUCCAUGAUAGAUUUGAUGAAGUUUGACAUGAGUGGUUGUGCAGCUGUGUUAGGAUGUGCCUACUGUAUAGGUACCAUCAAACCAGACAAUGUAGAGGUUCACUUCCUAAGUGCAGUAUGUGAAAAUAUGGUUUCUAAAAAUUCCUAUCGCCCUGGUGAUAUCAUCACAGCUUCCAAUGGAAAAACUAUAGAAGUAGGAAACACCGAUGCAGAGGGAAGACUAACCUUAGCUGAUGCUUUAGUGUAUGCAGAAAAGUUAGGCGUGGAUUACAUAGUCGAUAUUGCCACCUUGACUGGAGCCAUGUUGUACUCUCUAGGAACCAGUUAUGCUGGUGUUUUUGGAAACAACGACCAGUUAAUAAAUAAAAUUUUACAUUCUUCCAAAACGUCUAAUGAACCUGCCUGGUGGUUACCCAUCAUUAAUGAAUACAGAUCCUCCCUAAAUUCUAAGUAUGCUGACCUGAAUAAUAUUUCUUCUAGUGUGAAAGCUUCCUCCGUUGUGGCUUCCCUAUUUCUGAAGGAAUUUAUCGAGAAUACGCCCUGGGCACAUAUAGAUAUUGCGGGAGUGUCAUGGAACUUCAAGGCGAGAAAACCCAAGGGUUUCGGUGUCCGCUUGUUAACUGAGUUCGUCCUCAAUGAUGCCGUGUAA